GAGCAUUGUCUCAAAACACACACAACAUAAUAGCCAUCAUCACUACUCGUCAGAUCUGGAAAAAAAAAGGAAAAAAAAAAAAGGAAAAAGAAAAAGGAAAGAAAGAGGGAAAAAGGAUGUCCAGCGACAGUGAUGACGAAGAGGAGCUUCUACAGAUGGCGCUGAAGGAGCAGGCGCAGAGGGAUGUCAACUACAACAAGGCGGGGCGGGCAUCGAAGCCGGUGGUCAAUUAUGUUCAGGCACCGCCGCACCCGUCAACGGCGGCCAAGCAGAGGAACCCUAACCCUAAUCCUAAUCAGAGGCCUCCGGCGACGCAGAAGGGUCGGAGGGGUGGAGUGGAGGAUGAGGACGAUUCGGAGGUGGAGAUGCUGAGCAUAUCAUCCGGGGACGAGGACUCGGUGAAGGAUCGGGGGGUGGCGGCCCGGAGUCGGGGCGCCGGCGGGCGAGGGGAGAAGGAGGAUGGGGACAAGGGGUGGGAUGGUGGGGAACCCAAUUGUUGGAAGACAGUUGAUGAAGCCGAGCUUGCUCGUAGGGUUCGUGAGAUGCGGGAGACAAAAGCAGUACCAGUGGCUCAAAAGAUUGAGAAAAAGGCGUCAGCGAUGGGUAUAAAGGUGCUCAACAAUUUACAGUCCUUCCCUCGAGGCAUGGAAUGUAUUGAUCCACUGGGAUUGGGGAUAAUAGACAAUAAAUCAUUAAAGUUAAUCACUGAGGCUUCAGAAAGCUCUCCAACCAAGGUUGCUAAGGAUUAUCCCGAUGCUGUCCUUCGUGAAAAGUUGUUGUAUUUCUCCGAGAAAUUUGAUGCAAAGAUGUUUUUAUCCCGGAUACACCAAGAAACAAGUGCUGCGGACCUAGAGGCUGGUGCUCUUGCUUUAAAAACAGAUCUCAAAGGACGGACUCAACAAAAAAAACAAUUGGUUAAAGAAAAUUUUGAUUGCUUUGUCUCAUGCAAAACUACCAUAGAUGAUAUACAGUCAAAAUUGAAAAGGAUUGAAGAAGACCCUGAAGGUUCAGGAACUUCUCACUUGUUUAAUUGUAUUCAGGGAGUCAGCUCUCUGGCUAAUCGUGCCUUUGAGCCUCUAUUUGAGAGACAGGCUCAAACUGAGAAGAUCAGAUCUGUGCAAGGAAUGCUUCAAAGAUUCCGAACGCUAUUCAACUUGCCUAGUUCAAUUCGUGGGAGUAUUAGUAAGGGUGAAUAUGACCUGGCGGUUAGGGAAUACAGGAAAGCGAAGUCAAUCGCUCUGCCUUCUCAUGUGGAAAUAUUAAAACGUGUUCUUGAGGAGGUUGAAAAAGUAAUGCAUGAGUUCAAAGGCAUGCUUUACAAGUCAAUGGAAGAUCCACAAAUUGACCUAACUGAUCUUGAAAACACUGUGAGGUUGUUGCUGGAGCUCGAACCUGAGUCAGAUCCUGUAUGGCAUUAUUUAAAUAUACAGAAUCAUAGAAUUCGAGGUUUGCUUGAAAAAUGCACCUUAGAUCAUGAAUCAAGGAUGGAAACUUUGCAUGAUGGGAUUCGUGAAAGAGCUCUUUCUGAUGCAAAGUGGAGGCAAAUUCAACAAGAUUCAAAUCAAUCUUCAGAGGUGGACUAUUCUCUGACUCCUGGAAACACCAAUCUGCUGGUAGAUUCACCACAAGUAGGCUUGACAAGUGAAGAAGUUGAUGCUCUUAGAGGAAAGUAUAUCCGCAGGCUAACUGCUGUUCUUAUCCAUCACAUACCAGCUUUCUGGAAAGUAGCACUUUCUGUUUUCAGUGGGAAGUUUGCUAAGUCUUCCCAAGUUUCUGCGGAAUCAAAUAUUAAUACUUCUGCAAGUAAAACUGAGGAAAAAGUUGGAGAUGGGAAGUAUUCUAGUCAUUCUCUUGAUGAAGUUGCAGGAAUGAUACGCAGUACUAUUUCUGCAUAUGAAGUCAAGGUCCAUAACACAUUUCGUGAUCUUGAAGAAUCAAAUAUUCUUCAACCUUACAUGAUGGACGCUAUAAAAGAAAUUGCUAAAGCAUGUCAAGCUUUUGAAGUGAAAGAAUCAGCUCCCCCAAUUGCUGUUAUGGCACUGCGAUCACUUCAUUCAGAGGUUGCAAAAAUUUAUAUACUAAGGCUUUGCACAUGGAUGCGGACAACAACAGAAGAGAUAUCAAAAGAUGAAACGUGGGUUUCAGUAUCUAUUCUUGAAAGGAAUAAAUCUCCAUACUCGAUAUCAUACUUGCCUCUAGCAUUCCGUUCGAUUAUGACAUCAGCAAUGGAUCAAAUCAAUUUGAUGAUUCAGUCUUUAAGGAGUGAGGCUCUGAAGUCAGAGGAUAUGUUCAUGCAUCUUCAAGAGAUUCAAGAAUCUAUUAGGCUGGCAUUUCUGAAUUGUUUCCUACAUUUUUCUGGUCACCUGGAGAAUAUUGGAGGUGAGCUUGCUCAAACCAGAUCAAACAAAGAAAAUUUUCUGCAGAAUGGGUAUUCUCAUGAACCAACAGAGAAAACAUCUGAGCUUCUUCCAGGAAGUGUUGUUGAUCCACAUCAACAGCUAUUGAUAGUUUUGAGCAAUAUUGGAUAUUGCAAAGAUGAACUUUGUACUGAGUUGUACAACAAGUACAGACAUGUCUGGCUGCAAUCUAGGGAAAGAGAUGAAGGAGACAGUGACAUACGAGAUUUAGUAGUGUGUUUCUCUGGGCUUGAAGAGAAGGUCCUUGCACAGUAUACUUUCGCAAAGGCCAAUUUGAUCAGAUCAGCUGCUGUGAACUAUUUGUUGGAUGCUGGAAUUCAGUGGGGGGCCGCACCUGCCGUCAAAGGUGUACGAGAUGCAGCUGUGGAGUUAUUGCACACUCUAGUAGCUGUGCAUGCAGAGGUCUUUGCUGGUGCUAAGCCCCUGCUGGACAAGACACUUGGUAUUCUUGUGGAAGGACUCAUCGAUACUUUUCUCAGCCUUUUCCAUGAAAACAAAACUAAAGAUCUUAGGUCAUUGGAUGCAAAUGGUUUUUGUCAGCUCAUGCUUGAGCUUGAAUAUUUUGAGACCAUAUUGCAUCCAUAUUUAACACAAGAUGCAAGCGAGUCUCUGAAGUCUUUACAAGGUGUCCUAUUGGAGAAAGCUACUGAGAGUGUGACCGAAUCUGUUGAGAAUCUGGGGCAUCACCGCCGGUCAACUCGUGGGAGUGAAGAUGCACUUGCUGAUGAUAGACAGCAAGUAAUGUCUGUGUCGCCAGAUGACCUGAUUGCUCUUGCACAGCAAUUCAGUUCUGAGCUACUUCAGGCAGAGCUUGAAAGGACUCGGAUCAACACAGCAUGCUUUGUGGAGUCAAUUCCAUUAGACAUGGUUCCAGAACCAGCAAAAGCUGCUUAUGCUUCCUUCAGGGGAUCAAGAUUCUCCCAGCAGGAGUUUCAGAGGUACACAAGCUGUUGGAUCCCCAAGUUUCUCCAGGCAAAGGCGUAGAUGAGCUAGUUGGUAUCUCAUAUUGUUUAUUCAAUUUUCCCCACUUUCUGUGUAAUUGUUGUAAUCUAGUACUCGUGCAUUUGAUUGAAAGACAUUUGCAUUUUCAUUAUAAUUAUUCUGCAGUUUGUGCUUACUAUGUGGCAUACACUAAGAGUUUGGGACCUGGGACCUUUGAUUUUUGCUUUGGACCGGCGUCACUUGAUGAGUUCUGAAUUCUAGUUCAUCUUUGUUCCUUUUA